UUUGGUGGAAGAAAAAAAACAGGACGAACUCGCUGUGGCGUCCUUGCCCUGAAUACGAGCGAGCAGUUGUUGGAUGCAAGAUGGAGACGGAGCCUUGUUUGUCUUUCAGGCGCACACCGCCUACUUCGACGGCGCUGAGCGCGAGCAGCUCCCCGCCGCCAGGUUCCUUCCUGGCGUGCGACGAGCUGCGCCAAAUCGGAGCUGCGCACAGCCUCGGUUCUGCGAGGCGCAGCGUCGGGGACGCGUACGCCGCAACCGCCGCUCUGCACCGCAACUUCGGGAACUUCUCGUCGAAUCCCCCCGCCUCGCCGCCGGAGAAACGUAACAAGUUCUUGGAGGGUUCGAACCAGGAGCACAAGCCCGGCCCGGCCCACAAGACCCCUUUCUACGACCAAAACCACGAGAAAGGCGCUCUCAAAUGCCUGGGAUACUCCGGCAUGGGCGUCGACUGCUUCGGCAAACUGAAGGAGGCGGGUGGCGGCUCGCUCUGCGGCAACUCCAUUGCCGACUCCAUCGACCUGUCGGGCAAGAACAAGAAGCGACGCAAUCGCACCACAUUCAGCACAUUCCAGCUGGAGGAACUAGAGAAGGUCUUCCAGAAGACGCACUACCCAGACGUCUACGCUCGCGAACAGCUGGCUCUGAGGACUGAGCUGACAGAGGCCCGAGUACAGGUUUGGUUUCAAAACCGUAGAGCCAAGUGGAGGAAGCGGGAACGCUACGGGAAAAUCCAGGAGGUCCGCAACCACUUUGCCACUAGCUACGAUAUUUCCCUCCUCCCCCGCCAUGACACCUACCAGAUGCAGGGCAAUCUAUGGCCAGGUGCUUCAGGAGUCGUCGGUGGCGCAUCGGCGAGCAGCUGUGUCCUCGGACCCGAAUCCUUACCCUCCUCCUGCAUGAGUGCUUACACUCACCCUCACAGCAACCUGCAGGGCUUAAUGGGUAUCCCCUCGUCCCCCAGCCACACCCACCACCAUCACCACCACCACCACCCGUCGCACCAUCCGGCCAUCAACGGACUGUACUCCCUCCACAGCUUCCCCGGCGUAGAGGCUCCGGAGAGCGACUACAAACCGACGGGCCUAAUGGCGUUGAGAAUGAAAACCAAAGAGCCCGGCAGCAUUCUCUCAUGGCCGACAUGACAACCAUACUGCCUGACAACUUGAAAGGAGAUCAAUUUGUGAAGUGCAAAUAAGCUAUCUCCACUGCAUGGAGGACGCACCCCUCUUUACAUUUCACUCAGACAGCUUGGAGACAUCUCAAUUGAAAAGUUAUGAAGCCAAAACCACAGCAUGGGCUGGUCUUAAAUAAAUAAAUAAGAUGAACUAAUACAUUCUUCAGAUUCUUUGCCAAUAUCACAUAAUGAGACCAAAGGAAACUGUAGCGAAACCUUUAAUUAUUAUUGUUGUGUUUGAUGUCUGUGGUGUAUUUUUGCAUGACCCAAAAUAAAAGCUUGGUCUGUGUACAUCAGCUGUCUUGUGUUGAAUAGAUGGAACAAAAAUAACAAAACCUUUUUUCUUUCUUUCUUUCUUUCUUUC